AUACAAGUUACGUUCUCUCAAUAUUAUUCAACCCUACACUUAUAAGUAGUACUAGACUAGGUACUCCUACUUCGAAAUCAGGGCUAGUUUUUCACGUACGUACGUAGCUGAUCAUCGAGAAGAGAUUAAAAAUGAUAGGGUGGGGAGACGUUUACAAAGUGGUGGUGGCCAUGGUUCCUCUUUAUUUUGCACUGAUUUUGGGGUACGGCUCCGUCAGGUGGUGGCGUGUCUUUACUCGUGAACAGUGCGACGCAGUCAAUCGCUUCGUUUGCUUUUUCACUCUGCCACUCUUCACCUUUGAAUUCACCGCCCACGCCGAUCCUUUCGAAUGGAACUUUCUUUUCAUUGGUGCUGACGCCGUUUCCAAGCUCAUUAUCGUGGUGGUGCUCGCUUUGUGGGCUAAGUGCACUAGCAAAGGAAGCUAUCGCUGGUCCAUAACGAGCUUCUCUUUGUGUACUCUAACCAAUUCUCUUGUUGUAGGGGUGCCCUUAAUGAAGGCCAUGUAUGGCCAAUUGGCGGUGGACAUGGUCGUUCAAUCAUCGAUUGUGCAGGGAAUCCUUUGGCUCACUGUUCUCUUGUUCGUCCUGGAAUUUCGACGGACGGGUAUUGAUUUUUCUUCCGAUACGAGUGUUGGUGAUAAUUCUCGGGUGCAAUCUGGGGUUGAACCAGGAAAAGAUUUAGAGCAGAGCAGUGUCAAUGUUGAGCCAAGCACCAGGCCGUCGUUCUGGUAUUUGAUGAGGACGGUGUGGGUGAAACUAGCCAUGAAUCCGAACUCGUAUGCCUGUAUACUAGGCAUUGUUUGGGCAUUUAUAUCAAGUAGGUGGCAUUUGCAGAUGCCAAGCAUCGUGGAGGGAUCCAUACUGAUCAUGUCAAAAGCUGGGACAGGCACUGCCAUGUUUAGCAUGGGGAUCUUCAUGGCACUUCAAGAAAAAUUGGUUGCAUGCGGCCCAGGCCUCACUAUGAUUGGGAUGAUUUUAAGGUUCAUAGCGGGACCAGCCGCUAUGGCUAUUGGUGCUAUCGCAGUGGGUUUGCAUGGUGAUGCAUUACGUAUUGCUAUCAUUCAGGCAGCACUGCCACAAUCCAUUACGUCCUUCAUCUUUGCUAAAGAAUAUGGAUUACAUGCAGACGUACUUAGCACUGCGGUGAUCUUUGGCAUGAUGGUUUCACUUCCAUUGUUGAUAGCUUAUUAUGCUAUUUUAGAGUUUGUAUAUUGAUACCCUCGGAUGAGGGUUUUUACAAAAGAAAGGGAUCAGAAAGCUAAAGAUCGUUGGUCUUUCUGUUUUAUUUUAGUUAUUUCCUUUCCAUUUUGUUUUCUUUUGAACAUGUUCAACUUCAGCCUAA